AUGACAAAUCUUUUCUUUCAGCUCACCGCCAGCGACAAACGUUCCUUAUUCUUCUCUCUCUGCACCACUGCAUAUCCAUUGCCAAUGACAGUCAGGAGGUGCCCAACUAUUGCCUAUUUCAAAGUUCCUUUAGCCCUUUGCUUGUGGAUAGUUGUGGUAAUUCUGGAGCCGGGUGGUGUUGCCAUUGGUGAAGGGUAUGGCUAUGAUCAUGACAUGACAAUUGAGAGGAGGCCUUCUGCCUUCAUCAUGCUUCGGGAUCAAGUGGGGACCACAAUGAGCGGCAUGUUUUAUUGUGAUCUUCAAAAGUACAAAUUAGCAAAUCCAAUAACAUUUCAUGAUUUGAAUCAAUUAAAUUGCUACGAAUUAGAUGGCAUUGAUGAUUCUAAAGAGUCCGUUGCUACAAGGUGGGCAAUGGAUGUUGUUGGAAUUAGUACCAAGGAACAGUCUUUAGGGAAUUCCCUCUUCAAAUGUAUAAUUGUAACUCAUGAUGAAACCAUUACCAAAUGGCUUGAUCCAGAAGCUGCAGUUGCCGGUAGAGAUGCUUUGGCAAAUUGUGUUGUUGUUAACACUUUUUGUAUUUAUCCAAAAGAUGGUGAAGCACCACCAAGUGGAGUGGAUGAUAGGACAAAGCUGGCUUAUUUUCUUAAGCUAGGAACUUACACAAGAAACAUAUUAAUUGUUGUGAAUCCUUUCAGAAAAUUGCCUGAUUUAUAUGAUAGGCAUAUGAUGGCGCAGUACAAAGCGGCAGCCUUUGGUGAACUAAGCCCCUUGUCCCACCCUUUUGCUUUUGCGGAUGUAGCAUAUAGUGGCGAGAGUGAAGCGGGUGAAACGGAAAGCACAAAAUUGCUCAUGCAGUAUCUUGCUUACUUGGGAGGCAGAGCUGCAUCUGAGGGGAGGACUGUCGAGCAACAAGUCCUGGAGUCAAAUCCGGUUCUAGAAGCAUUCAGUAAUGCAAAUACAGUCAGAAACAACAACUCCUGCCUUCAUUGCAACAAUGCUAACUGUUUCUGUGCAGCUUUGUGGUCCUUUGUCCUCGUGUACCUUUUUCAGUAUCUUGCUUACUUGGGAGGCAGAGCUGAAUCUGAGGGGAGGACUGCCGAGCAGCAAGUCCUGGAGGUAAGCCUUGCAUUUCAGCCUGUCCAACAAUCUUAG